AUGUCACAACUCUCCCCAGGUCCACGGCUUCUUCAUUCUCAUUUGACCCAUGAUGUCAUUCCUCAAGGAGAGGGCGAUGACGAAAGGUGCAAGUAUAUUUAUAUCGCACGGAAUCCAAAGGAUGUGGCUGUGUCAUUUUAUGAAUUUAUGAAGGAACAUGGUUCUCUUGCUGGGUAUAACGGUCCAUGGGAAUUUUUUGCCAGAUUAUUUGCAACUGGGAAAGGUGAGUUUUACUUUUGCAUGAAUGGUAAGAAUGGGCAGGGAUUUUUCCUAGAGGCUAAAAAGAAAAAGAUUUUGGAACAUUUCCAGAAAUUAAGUGUUGAUGAAACAACUGUGUUACCCACAGUAUGCAAGUCAACCAGGAAGAUGUAUUUAAUAACUCUUUUACUCCCAUGAUUGACCAAGAGAGAAUUUCCUCUUACAAUAUCGAUAUAACAUCUAGCAGAACAACAAUAUCGAUAUAACAUCUAGCAGACAACAACUGAGAUUAAGGGAAAAUAUCUGUUUGGGGAUUAUCAGUUGAUCUAAACCAAAUUCUCUGAAGUUACAUCAUCAGAAUUGUGUGACAGAUAAUAAGAAGAAUUAUUAGUGAAAUUUGUGGGUGAAAUGGUCAGAAUGAACUCCAAAACCUUUUUGGAUGAAAAAAAUCUGUCCGAGGGUUCGGUGUUUAGUUUUUAAAAGUUAAGCUACACAAUUUAAGCAUAAUGUCCUCCCUUCUCCUUCCUUCCCCUCUGGCCCUUAAUUCAAAUGUACUUCGCUGUUCUGCCUGCAUGUUUAUUCUCUGGCAUAAUGUAGAAUAAACAAGUUAAGCUGUGGAUGGGUGUCAUCAUAUUUUGAAGAACAAUUUAAUUUGUAAUUGUUUUAUUCUAGUGUCGUAUGGUCAUUGGAGUGAUCAUGUGUUAGGCUGGUGGAGGCACAGAGAUGAUCCUAAUGUCUUAUUUCUCAAGUAUGAAGACUUGAUUAAGGUUAGAUUGUAAUUUAUUGUGUUUAAAAAAAUUCCAUUUUUACAUGUAUUUAUUCAACAAUCAAGUUAAAGUAGGUUGAUAUCAGAUAGUGUAAGAUUUUAUUUAUUAACCAUCACAACAGGUUGGGGUCUGCCAGUCUUCAACCAAAGGUGUCUACUUACCAGGUGGUUUCUUUAGCAACAAUUAUAAGCAUGCUAGGGUUUUUUUUCUUUCUUAUCCCUUUAAAUCCUAGCAGUGAUUAGCAUCCUAUUUCUCCUUACAGUGUUACUGCUGAAGCAAACAUCAAGGUUAUGAGAAUAUAAAAAAUGAUUACCAACUAUAGUAGCUUUUGAUUGUCAAAUAAAUUCUCCUUGUCAAGACCAAAGCAAAUGUAUAGAGAGCAGUAUGGGAAAUAUGUAUACUGAUGUUGUGGUGUAAAGGGUCAAAGUAAUGGGAUCAGAGAUAAGGAGAUAUAACAUUAGAUUGGUCCUCAGCCUAUUUCGUCAUAUGAUGCUGGCAUGUCUAGUUUAUAGGAACUUAGCUUGUUUUUGGCACUCAUUGUGACUGGAAUAUGUUAGUGUUUUGCAGAUUACCCUCUUAAACAUUUAAUUAAGUUUACCUUUUUUUUUUCUCUUUUAGUAGAGGUAUAAUUGUGUCAGUUAUUUGUCAUACAUCAGGGUGGAACAUUAAUUUUUUUUUUCUGAUAGCCACUUGGCUCCUGAAUUUUUCAAAGUGGUAGCCAUUUAAAAAAAAGUUGGGCACCAUUUUUAAAGACAAACAAAAGCUUUUUUUACACUGUUGACCCUCCAAAAUUAAGUUAGGAAAAAGAUCUUAAACCUGCUACAAAGUGAACACUAAGAUGGACGAUAUACAACUUUCAAGCUCACCUAAAUCCUAGAUGGCAUCUAGUUAUUGAUCCAGAUGCAUGUGCCACAUUUUGGAAACAAACUUAACGAGGAAGUUUGCCAUGAAUUAAUCUUUGCAAAUCUUUUUAAUUCACUAUAUCCCUAGGUAAGGUUAUGAUAAAGCAUUCUAUUCACCAAUUUGGCAACUAAUUUUUAGGGUUUGGUUGCCAAAUUGAAAAAUUUAGUCACAUUCAUUUGGUGCCUGCAUUAGGCACAAUUAAAAAAAAACAACAACAACAAUGAUAACUUGAGGUUCUAUGUAACAUACAGCACACUGGAAUUAAAGCUGGGGGAGGCUCAACCUAAACUGUCUUAGAACCUCAAGUUUUUAUACUGAUUGUUUUUUUUUCUUCUUCUUUUAGGAUUUGCACAGCAAUGUCUGUACAAUAGCCAAAUUCCUUGGUAAACAGCUCUCAGAAGAUAUCAUUACAAAAAUUGCUGAACAGUGCAGCUUUAAAGGAAUGAAGAAGAACAUGUCAAAUUACUGGGUAGAGUGCACAGCUCAGGGGCCAAAACUGUUACGCAAAGGAAAGAUUGGUGACUGGAAAAAUUACUUCACCCCAGAACAGAACAAGAUGUUUGAAAAUGAGGUUAUGAACAAGCUGAUAGGGACUGGGCUGGAAUUUGACUUUGAAGGUUGAGCUUGAUUAUUGUCUUGAAAAAAGAUUUUUAAAUGCUAUCUACCUUAGUUUGUAUGUGUUACAGUGGAAUAUAGG